AGCAAGCUGUACAUUAGCAGCACCUCCAUCAAAGCAGCGCAUUGAGAAGAGCUUGUGUUUUCAUCAGUCAGACUUGUCACUGCUUCUCGCAAUUGAGACUUCCUCGAACAAUCCACGACACAAUGUUGCGCACUUCUGGUACUCGGCUCGCCCGAACGGCGAUGCUUUCUCGCCCUUUCUCCACGACGGCGCGCGCCCUGUCGGCCGGCGACACCGGCGCACCGCCAAAGUCCGGUGGCCAAGGAGACGCUUUCCAAAGGCGGGAGCGCGCCAACGAGGAUCUGGCCAUCCGCAUGCGCGAGAAGGAGAAGCUCAUGGAGCUUAAGAAGAAGCUUGCCGAGCAGCAGGCUCACAUCAAGGCUCUCUCUGACCACAUCGACGAGAUUACCCGGGAGCAAGGGGGCGAGCACAACUAAAAUGGGAUUUGGUCUGCCUCUCCCCCCGACAAUCAUCCUGCGCUAUGAACGGAGUCCGUCAUCAGUCUAUGUGUUUGGGAGAGAGAGAAUGGAUCCGGCAAUGGGUGCUUGUUAACAUCUGCUUGAAUUGACAAGCGUUAAGAAUCACGCAGCUCUCAUUUUUCCUUGUCACCGGGGGGUAGGAUAAACCACUUGUACAGUACAUAUUUCAUUCUGCGAGCAAAGUCAAGCUACCUAGCUCUUGCUCUGUGCUACUACUAGCCGGCAUCGUCCAGUAUACUCGUCGGAUGUGAUACGAUGCCGGCUUGUCCUUUCCGCUCUUCCCUGGCACAGCCUGCCGAAACCCCUAAUCAAACAAACCAACACCUAGCCCAACACAACCACAUUAACUUAACGACGCUCAGAAAUUCACUUGUACGAGCCCCGGUAGGACCGG